GUCUCCAAAAUUACUCGGCAGUUUUUAAUAAUACACACAUUUUUCAAGAAAAGAAAUUCAUUGAAACGUUCUUAAAACGAUAAAAAAAUAUGGGUGGGUCCGCAGAAGUAGUUAUUCAAGAUGUUGAAAUGGAAAAUAUCGAAAAUAUAAGUGAAGAAAAUGAAGCAAAAAAGGAUCAAGAUGUAUUAACUAUUCAAGAAAUACGAGAACAAACUCGUCAAAUAGAAAAGGCAGUGACAAGUAAAGAACCUAGAUUUAUAUUGCGAGUUUUACGUGCUCUGCCCAAUACAAGGCGUAAAAUUAAUCCGAUUGUUUUGAAGCAUUUGGCAGUGAUUUUGUAUCCUACAGGUCCAGAAAGGGAUGCAAUCUCAGUAUUUAUUCCACCUAUUGCAGGUGAAGCUAAAGACCCAGAAGGGCUCAAAAUACGUCCAGCAAUUAAAAAUGCCAUCCCAGAAGUUGAUGUAUAUUUUCAUAUGCUGAUUUUAGUUCGUUUGUUGGAUGACAAUCAAUUAGAAAAAGCGCAAAGUUGUUCUGAAUCAUUAAUGCAGAAAAUUGUCGCUCAAAAUCGACGUACACUGGAUUUAAUAGCGGCAAGAUCCUAUUUUUAUCGGUCCAGGGUUGCAGAGCUUACUAACAGUUUAGAUAAAAUUCGUGGAUUUUUACAUGCAAGACUUAGAACAGCUACACUCCGCAAUGAUUUUGAAGGACAAGCGGUUAUCAUAAAUUGUCUAUUAAGGAAUUAUUUACAUUACUCACUAUAUGACCAAGCAGAUAAGCUGGUAAAAAAAUCUGUGUUUCCAGAUACUGCAAGUAAUAACGAGUGGGCAAGAUUUUUAUACUAUUUAGGAAGAAUCAAAGCGGCUAAAUUAGAAUACAGUGUAGCGCAUAAACAUUUAGUUCAAGCUCUCCGAAAAGCACCACAACAUGCUGCUGUGGGAUUCAGGCAAACUGUUCAAAAACUCAUAAUAGUUGUCGAACUUUUGUUGGGAAAUAUUCCAGAAAGGCAAGUGUUUAGGCAAGCAGCUUUAAGGAAAUCUUUGUUGCCUUAUUUUCAAUUGACUCAAGCAGUUCGAUUAGGGAACUUGCAGAAGUUUGGGCAGGUUGUUGAAAACUUCGGAUUGAAAUUUCAGCAAGAUCACACUUAUACUUUAAUUAUUCGCCUAAGGCAUAAUGUUAUUAAAACAGCUAUCAGAUCAAUUGGAUUGUCUUAUUCUCGUAUAUCGCCUCAAGAAAUAGCGAAAAAAUUAGGUCUUGACUCAGCAGAAGAUGCCGAAUUCGUCGUUGCAAAAGCAAUCAGAGAUGGUGUAAUAGAAGCAACUCUAGAUCCGGAACACGGAUUUAUGCGUAGUAAAGAAAGCACAGAUAUUUAUAGCACUAGAGAACCGCAAUUAGCAUUUCAUCAGCGCAUAUCAUUUUGCUUAGAUUUGCAUAAUCAAAGUGUUAAAGCAAUGAGAUAUCCCCCAAAAUCAUAUGGAAAAGAUUUGGAGAGCGCUGAAGAGAGACGCGAACGUGAACAACAGGAUUUAGAAUUGGCAAAAGAAAUGGCAGAAGAUGACGACGACGGUUUCUAAUUUUAAAAUUCACAUCAUGUUUUUAAUACGGAUUAUACCGAUACGACUUUAAAAUUUCUAUUUAUAAGUUAAAUUGUGUACUAAUGCCGUAUUACUGCAAUUUUGAAGCGACAGAUAUUUUCUAAAUUAUGAAAUUUACAUUAAAUAAACUACAAUAAACAAUAAAUCUAGAAUUUUAUAACUCCUUAC